GCAACUUGGACCGAUGCAUAUAUAUGCCUGGUUCUACGUUGUUGCUGACUGACUGACUGACAGUAUUGAAAAAUCAAGUAUUUAUCUAUUUAGCGACAAGCAGCUCGUCCAUAAAAAAUAACUUCACAAUCACUGCUUGAGUACUGGAUCCAGAGAAGAAAACGGUCGGCGUCAGUAUUAUCCAUUGGUGUCAACCUGGCUUAAUUCCAGUUCUAGAAUUUAAAAGGCCUGCCAUUUGGCAUUCAAGUAUGCUUCAUCAAAGGACUUUUACUGUCAGAUGAAACUACUGCUCUCUAAGUUUAUAUCCGAUUAAGUAUUUAAGAUGUUACUUAGAUAGUGACUAAGUUGUUUAGUUACUUUGUUUUUGAAAAUUCUAUCAAGAGUUCAAACCUUUCUCCCACCUAAUUCACACUGUACAGUUGACUAUUGCCAGUUUUUAGGCGGAAGCGUGUACCUCAAAUACAAGUUUACAAGCUUGUUCUUGAUUUACAAGUCGUAUAAAAUUUAAAGUGGUUAGCAAUUAAAUGCUCAUUCGCAUCUUGUCUCAAGAUGAAUAUCCUGAGGAUCUUAGAUAUAACCUUUAGUUCGUGAAACUCAUUUAGUUCUGAGUAAAGAAAAUUGUCUAGUUCAUAUUAGUCGUGCAACAUCGCAAGCUGGCAAUCUAAAAAUCGGUAAUCAUCAGAUUAGAACCUAAUUAUAAUAGUACAAAGUUCACCAUUAAACUUCAACGCCGCAAAUUUUUGUCACUAUAAUAUGGAGAGUGUAUAAAGCUGGGAAAUUUCAAGCGGUAUCGAAAUAACCGUCCAUUAAUUUCUGGAUAACACCAUUUCUUUUUGCUCAUAGUGCGUUUUUCUUAGUUAUGCGAAAUCUAUGAUUUUCAUUCUUUCUCUAGAUGUGUGACAAACCUUUCUUUUUUAACCCUGAAAUCGAUACGAAAAUUGCCGGUUUAUAUGAUCUACAACAUACAAUUGGACGAGGACAUUAUGCUGUUGUAAAACAAGCACGUCAUGUAUUUACUGGUGAGAAAGUUGCAGUGAAAGUAAUUGACAAGACCAAACUAGACAAUGUUUCACGCGAUCAUUUGUUUCAGGAAGUUGUGUGCAUGAAACUUGUUCAGCAUCCAAAUGUGGUUAGAUUAUAUGAAGUUAUUGACACGCCAACCAAACUAUAUCUCGUCCUUGAGUUAGGUGAUGGAGGAGACCUAUAUGAUUAUAUAACAAGUCAUGGCAAUGGUCUAAGUGAAAAAGUUGCAAAACGUUAUUUUCGCCAAAUAGUAACUGCUAUUGCUUAUUGCCACAAGUUAAGAGUGGUUCAUCGAGAUCUAAAACCAGAAAAUGUAGUUUUUUUCGAGAAACUGGGUUUGGUUAAGUUAACAGAUUUUGGGUUCAGUAAUAAGUUUAUUCCUGGCACCAAUUUAGACACAGCUUGCGGCUCGUUGGCUUACUCAGCUCCGGAGAUAUUGCUUGGUGACUCAUAUGAUGCCCCAAAAGUGGAUAUUUGGUCCUUAGGUGUGAUAUUGUAUAUGCUUGUCAGCGGAAAUUUGCCCUUUCAAGAAACAAAUGAUAGUGAAACGUUAACGAAGAUCAUGGAUUGUGAUUAUUCUAUGCCUUCACAUUUGUCACCAGACUGUAAGCGACUUAUUUCUCGUUUACUAAUACGUGAUCCACAAAAGCGUGCUCAUCUUGAUGAUAUCCUACAAGAUGACUGGCUAAAGCUAGAUGGUAAUGACUUGCCUAUUGAGUUGUUUUCUGUCCCUUUGAUAUCUCGUGAACACCUUUCAUUUGAAGAUCAUAUGGAGAUUUUAUCCAAAAUGGCUGAGGGUGAACUGGCGUCUGUUGAAGAAAUACAGUCUACUUUAGAUCGUAAUGAAUACAACCACAUAGCUGCUACAUAUUAUUUACUUGCGGAGCGCAAACUGAAACGUAACUACAUAGAAGAAUAUAAACGGUUAGCAAGCCAGUCUCAACUAAAUGAAAAACGAAAACAAGAACAACAAAAGUGUAUCAACUGUGUGUUUGGACUAUCUGAAAAUGCAAAACAAAUGCAGAAUGUUGAAAACAAUAUCAAUCCUAAAUCUUUGGUAAAUAGUGUGAUGGGUUCAAGUACUCCAACGCCAACUUCACGCAUUUUAAAUUCUUUAGGCUCGUCAAAUGUAGAGGAUCGUGUCAGGCGUUUCAGUAUGAUUUUAGAAGAUGAAGAAGAAGAGGAAGAAAGUAAAGGGUCUCCAAUAGCAUCUACUUCAUUCGACAGGUACGUUACAGGUGUAAAUGAGUCAGUGAAAAUGGUCAAUGAUUCAGAUGCCUUACACCCCUGUUUCGCUGAUACGUCCGAAGAGGCAAUGCUGGAAGAAGAGGAAGAAGAACUUGCUACUGUUGCUGGUUUGGCAUGUGUUCGUUCUGAACUUUUAACUGAUCAUAUGGUUAAUCAUGUAUUAAGCAUGUCCGAUUCAGAAUUCACAUCAAAUGUACAUGGAACUGUAGUUUCAACUCGUCCUUGUUCUAGAACAAGCGGUUCUGCUAUUGGAGCAUCUGAUAGUGCUGAGUCAGAUGUUCCUCUUAGUCCUUGGAAUGCAAAUACAAUGGGUUUCGCAAAUUCCUUGAAUCGAAUUACAUCCACCACUCGUUCUCUUCCACCUGUGGAAACUCGGAGAAAGAAUACCUAUAGACGAGGACUUAUAUCGCACCGUCCACUUACUACAGUGAAGAGCAGUCCGCAGCUUCUGAAACAUAUUGCUGAAGAAGAUUGGAACAGUCAUACCUCAGUCGAAACUAAUAAUUCCCUCUAUAUGGAUAAACGCAGAAAGAAAUUAGCAGAAUGUUUUAUGCAAAACCCGGCUGUCUAUACCACAGCUGAAGAUAGCUUAGGAAUUCGAUCUUUGCGUAGUUCGUAUAAUUUGUACCGUAGUAUUAAAUAUGUCGACGAUCAGUUGAUUGGCCUAAGACCUACGAGUUUUUACACGACUUCAACCCAACAAACAUAUUCUGGAGCUCACAGUCCAGCGUGGACACGAAGGUUUUUGAAUACACCUGCAUCGUCGUCUCGUCCAGCAAGCAUCGGAAGUUGGAAUGCUAUUCUCAACAUGAGUUUGAUGAGUGAUCAGCGUCGCCCAUCAUUUUGUUCAUCUCCUGUUGAGCCACAAAUAGGCGCCAUUAAUAGAAGAAAGGUUAUUUAUUCAAAUAACAGCCAAGGCCCAUAUAUCUUAAACAAAGGGAUUAAUCCCGAUCGAAGAUGCAGUGGACCCCCAGGUUUAUUGUUAGCAGUCUCAGGAUUGUAUUAUCCAGGUUCAGGUGUUACGUUACCCAGUCGUUCAGACUCAGAUACCUCAUUUCUAGAACAGCAUGACAUCAGUCAUUUGCCCUCUAACUUGGACCACUCCUUUUCUCCAGAAGAGCCUUCAGAUGAAUCUUACAUGCAAAAUGGGACUAAGUGUUUGGAUGCAGUUACAGAACUAAGUGAUGUCAUUAGGAAUAACCAUCGCAGUAUUUUACCUUCAAUUUCUGGAGUGAAUAAAAGAGGUUCUACUAGAUCUCUUAGCAAUUCUCGUAAAACUGCUAGUUGGUGUAGUUCCGCACCUAUAUUGUGUGAAACAUCUGAACAGCCGCACUUAACUUAUAUGCAAUCGAAUAAUAUUGGACUGACUACUUUAUCACUUGAAAGUAACUCUCAGUUAGGUGGUUCAAAUACGGUUCGAGAACAUUGCACUCCGAUACGUGAAGAAGAUGACGAAGUGGGACGCUCUGGAGAAACUCCUACUUUUAGGACAUCUAAUCUGUUAUUUGGUUUGAAUCAACGAAGAAAGUCUGAAUCGUCAAAUAUGCAUACAAGUUCAACUCUUUUUGCGACAUCUAAUAUGACCCGUGGUGGAUUCGCAACUUUGGCUGAAUCGGAGUCAACUUCAACCAUUAGUCAGUUACCCAACAUAAGUGCUCAGCGAAACGAUGCUUUACAAAAUGGUGGCAGUUCACAAUGUACUACAUCCAAUUUUUCACUUAGCUCUCUCGCAACAAGUUUGAGAGAUUCACGCUACAUGAUCGAUAUUAUACGAGGAACAUUUGAAUUGCAAUGUCAAUAUAACCGUAGAUUUACUAAUUCGAUUGCUGGAGUUAACAGUUGUGAAUAUAAUUCUAGCCGAGCUAGUACCUCAACAUCUGUACGUAGCCUCACUGCUAUAUCAGAAAAUUUCCCCAUCAACAAUCAACUAAAAGAUUUUCCUUUAGAAGAUUCACAAAGACUCCCAUUUUAUAAUCGAAAUUUACUUUAUCCAUCUGAAUCCAUAUUAAAAGCUUCUACAAAAAACAAUAUUUUGCAGAAUUCCAAUAUGGUCAAAGAUUCUAUGAAUAGUUGUUUAAAUCAUGAUUUUCUUGUUACAGGUUUAUCUCAAAAAACUAGAAUAAGUUUACCAACUAGUAUAAGUGGUAUUUCAAACACAGAAGUUGUUUGUUCAGUGAAUCCUGUUUUAGAAUCGAAUGAAAAUAAUUUUCCCUCUAUUUCUCUUGAGCAUAGUUCACCUGUAAGAGUCGGCAGUCUCCUUACUCAUAAUCAUCGGAAUGGGUCUUGUAAAUCUAUUAGUCAAUCUACAACUUCAUUUAAAUGUCCCACACAUUUGUCUUCAGGACGAGAAUCUUUAAAAAGAUCGAACAUCAAUUGUCUUCCGGAUCAUGGUUGUAGUAUAGUUGAAAAUAUGAAUCCAGAAACCCAUAAUAACAAUGAUAAUAAUAAUAAUAAUAUCACUAAUUAUUCUGAGUUAUCAAAUGAAUCAGUUAACCAAUGGACACAUAAAUCAAAUACGCUAAAUCACAAACAAGUAUCACCGUUUACAAUAAGUAAACAUAGAGCUAGAUUAGCAUGUUGUUCAGUUUCGUGAUAAUAACUGCAAUUUUGUCUUCCAUUAUUUACAUACAUACAUAUAUUUUAUAUGAAUAAUUUUCUGUCCGCUUUUAAAAUCAUUUAUCUAAAUUACCACUAUCUUUUCUACCUUCUUAUUUUGUCUCUUCUUCCUCUCUUACCCAUUCAUAAUCACCAAAAAUGAGGUAUUUUAUGGUAUUUAUUUCAGUACAUAGUUCUGCUUUGUUUCACUUUCUUGUACGCGUUCAAUUAUGUAUUAUAUAUACUCUCAGUUUUGUUCUUUUUAUAUAUAUCUAGUCUGUCGUUCUUUUUGUUGACUACGGUAACCUUACCCAAACAUUAGAAAUGUUAUCCUCCCUAUUAUUAUUAUUAUUGAUUAGUGUUUAUAUCACUAAGAUCAUUCUCUUGCCUCCGCUACCACCACCCAGCUACUACUCAGCUAGUCGCAUAUUGUUUACUCUUGCUUACAUUAAUCAGAUAACUUGACAACAACAACAACAAAAAACUGACUAUUUUGAUUAUACUUUUUUUAAAUCUUAUUAAAUAGAUCAUAAUUUCAUUUUUUUUUUAUUUAAAUGAACCAGUGUAGAUGAAUGUGAAAAAAAGAAAAAAAGAUUUUUUUAAAAAUCUUAUUUUUGUUUUUUUAAAACUUUUAUUCUUACAUAAGUAGUGUAUAUCGUGGGAUGGAUCCAUGUGUGUGUGUGUGUGUGUGGAUCAUGUAUUAUAUUCUCGUAACUGACAACAACAAUAAUAAUAAUAAAACAUUCAAUUAUGCCUUUUAUAAUGUUCUGCAUAUUGUUAAAAAUACUCCCCCCCUAUUCUGUCAUUUUUUUUAUUUGUUUUUAUUUUCUCCCUUCUAUUUCUCGUCAUUAUUUGUAAAUAGAUACAUACAUCAUGGAUAUUGUUCAGUUUUUGUUUUCAUGAUUAAAUUAUUAUGUUUUCCUUUAAUUUCUUCUUUCUUAGUAUUAUUGUUGUUGUUUGCCAUCAACACUGUGUUUUUCUUUGGUUGCUACAUAUUACUCUCAUUCUGUAAAUAUUUGCCUAUCUCUAUGUCUAUUGUAUCCCGGUUAAUCGUGUUCUCUUCUUUUUUUUUUCUUUUUUAGCUUGUUUUCCAAAGUGUAUGUCUAUUUAUUUAAUUCAUAUGAAUAUUAAUUCAUUUGACUUAUGAUGAUAAUUCUGUUUUAACGUUGAUUUUAUUUAUUUGUUAUCAGAUAUCGGUCUUAAAUAUGAUCUCGAUUGGUGAUUGUU